CCCCUUCCGAUCGGCUGGAAUCGCAGCUUCCGCGAUGCAGCCCGCAAUGCCGGGGGGAGCCUGGGCUGCUGCCCCACUGGGGACCCUCCCGCAGGACCUGCUGGCGGAGCUGUGCCAGCGAGCCGUGCAGCGGUUGCAAUCCGGGAGUGUCUCUUUGGAUGCCUCCCAGAUGUGCCAGAGGUGCCACGCGGCCGGUGUGGAAAUAACCCAAGCUGACCUGUGCCAGGUGCUCCGGACCCUCACCUGGCUUUUUGGCACAGCAGCGAAAAAUAAACUCACCGCCGAAGAAUUUUCCGCCGAAUUAGGCAAAAGGUUCGGAUUUCUGCCGCAACCAACUGGCCAGGUCAUCCAACAGGUGUGGAAGGAGAAAAGAGAAUCCCUGUUGGGAUGGGAGGAUGAAAAACCUGUGGUGGCAGCCGGACAGCUGGUUGAUUUUCAGUGGAAGCUGGGAAUCGCCAUGAGUGCUGACAGCUGUAAAUCCUUGAAAUCUCCUUGUGUUACGGUGGCGUUAAAAGUUGCGGAUGGUUUGGGGAACGUCAGGUGCAAAAGCUUUGAAAUGACAAUCUCUCAGUUUCAGAAUUUCCACAGCCAAUUCAAGGAGAUGGCAAGCGUUCUUGAGACAUUUUAAACCACUGCAGUCCAGCCUCCCCUUGCCUCCUAAAAGAUCUUUCUACGGAAUGAUUCUCCAGCAAGAGAUGUCAAGGUUUAUUCUUCUCUUGGGGUUUCCACCAUGACUUUCUCCAGCUGAAGAGCUGCAAACUUCUCCUGCUUUGAGUGAAAUUCUCCAUACGAGUCCUCCUCCUGAAAGGGACCUCCUGUUUCACCCCAGAAUUUAGGUGGAACCUAUCUCAGCCUCUCAGAAGAAGACCGGAGGAGUGGCUGCAUAGGAGAAAUAAACUCAAUCGUGUCCUGACAACUACCCAAGAUAUGCCUUACUUUAAGGUCUUAGUUCUCCCCAUCUCUGCAACUAGAACAAUAUUGGGAAAGCAAUGGUGUCAUCACCAUCUAGAACUCUGCAUGGAAAAUCCUAUGGAUCUAGAAGGCAGCCUUCAAUUCCUUAAUAAAAGGAUGGGAAACGUG